AAAAAGGGUCUCGAGAUGGGCGUCUAUGAUAAUAAAGAGGGGACCUCUCUCUCUUCUCGUGUGGGAUAACAACAGCAGCAGCAGCAGCUCAAAACAAAAAGAAAGCCCCCCUUUCUCCUUUCCCUGUUCUGUUCCCUUUUUUUCACCCUCAACACCCACACACACCCUUUUGCUUCAUAACGAAAAAGAUCAAAUCUUUUUCCAUCAUCUGCGAGAUAAUCAAUCAAUCUCAAUGAGUGAGAGUGGCGGAGGCUCUCCGGGCGGAGAGACCCUGCCCUUGUUCAUGCAACAGAGCCCAUUUCUUUCUGAUUGAAGAAGAAGUGAAGGAAAACAACAGCUAGCGGGCCGGGGGUGUUAUUGAUUUCUUUCUCUCUUUUGAAAAACAAAACAAAGUAGAAGAAUUGGGUGUGGGUUCGGCUAUGCACAGAGAAUCAUCCAACAGCGGUGGGAGUGGGAGUCACAGCAGCGGUAAGCAGCAUCAGAUGGACAGCAGCAAAUAUGUUCGGUACACUCCUGAGCAAGUGGAGGCUCUGGAAAGAGUCUACUCUGAGUGCCCAAAGCCGAGCUCACUCCGGAGGCAACAACUCAUCAGGGAGUGCCCCAUUCUCUCCAACAUUGAGCCUAAACAGAUCAAAGUCUGGUUCCAAAACCGAAGGUUAUAUGCGUGUUUUUGUGUCUCUCUCUCAGUCAAAUUCAAACUUUUGGCUUCACUUUUCCGGAGUUUUCUCCCUCUUCGACCAUUUUUUAAUACUUCGGUCAUGUUUGUCAAUGCUUGAUAUGGUUCAACUUGGUUUCUAUUUUCCCCUUUUGGGGGUUGGUGGGGGGGUUUGCGGGUUGUCUUCUUCCCUUGAAUGUUGCGUAUUUCAUUUUUUUUUUGUUUUUUAUGAAGCUUUUGUUUCCAGACAGUUUUAUCUGAAAAUGUGUUUUUAUAAUCAUCUUCAUCUUAUUAUUAAUCAAAAAAUUGUGUCCUUUUCACUUAAUUUUUGUUUUAUUCUCUCGAAAUUAUUUUUUGUGGGGUUUGAGAGAAUCUUCUGUUUUCUUGCUUUUUCCUGUGAACUUUUGAUUUUAUCUUUUUAAAGCAAGCAGCACUCCGAAAAAAGGAUUAAUCCGUUGCGUGCUCUGAAGCACACUUAGAUGCCGUGAAAAGCAAAGGAAGGAAGCUUCUCGUCUACAGACAGUGAACAGGAAGCUGAAUGCCAUGAACAAGCUUUUGAUGGAAGAGAAUGACCGUUUGCAGAAACAGGUCUCUCAUCUGGUUUGUGAGAAUGGUUAUAUGCGACAGCAGUUGACUACUGUAAACCCCACGACCACGGAUAUGAGCUGUGAAUCUGUGGUCGUGAGUGGUCAGCAGCAGCAACAUCAAAACACAACACAGCAUCCACAAAGGGAUGCCAACAACCCAGCUGGCCUCCUCGCAAUAGCUGAGGAGACCCUGGCAGAGUUCCUUGGAAAGGCUACUGGAACUGCUGUCGAUUGGGUUCAAAUGAUUGGUAUGAAGCCUGGUCCGGAUUCCAUUGGGAUCGUCUCUGUUUCCCGCAACUGUAGCGGGAUAGCAGGACGAGCCUGCGGUCUUGUGAGCCUUGAGCCCACAAAGGUUGCUGAAAUUUUGAAAAAUCGCCCUUCCUGGUAUCGUGAUUGUCGUUGUCUUAGUGUGCUGAGUGAACUCCCAACAGGGAAUGGGGGGACAAUCGAACUCAUAUACAUGCAGACAUAUGCUCCAACAACGUUGGCAUCGGCUCGUGACUUUUGGACGCUUAGAUAUACUACGAGCUUGGAAGAUGGCAGUCUUGUGAUAUGUGAGAGAUCUUUGACGUCUAAGACUGGUGGCCCACCUGGACCUCCGGCCACAAGUUUCGUGAGGGCAGAAAUGCUACCAAGUGGCUACCUUAUACGUCCGUGUGAGGGGGGUGGCUCCAUGAUCCAUAUCGUGGAUCAUGUUGACCUUGAUGUUUGGAGCAUUCCUGAAGUUCUGAGACCACUCUAUGAAUCAUCCAAGAUUCUUGUACAGAAGAUGACAAUGGCUGCCUUCCGCCACAUACGGCAAAUAGCACAGGAGACAAGUGGGGAAGUGCAGUACAGUGGGGGUCGACAGCCUUCGGUUCUAAGGGCUCUCAGUCAGAAACUUUGCAGGGGAUUCAAUGAAGCUGUAAAUGGGUUUGUUGAUGAUGGGUGGACUGUUAUAGGCAGUGACGGUGUAGAGGAUGUGACCAUUGCCAUUAAUUCAUCUCCAAGCAAAUUCCUUGGUUCCAACUGUAACAACUUGUCUAUACUUCCAACUUUUGGUGGAGUACUUUGUGCAAGGGCAUCGAUGCUGCUUCAGAAUGUUCCACCUGCUUUACUUGUUCGUUUCCUGAGAGAGCACCGUUCUGAGUGGGCUGACUACGGGGUUGACACUUACUCCGCUGCUUCUCUGAAAGCUAGUCCGUAUGUCAUACCUUGUGCAAGGCCAGGAGGCUUACCUAGUAGCCAGGUCAUCUUACCUCUUGCUCAGACUGUGGAGCAUGAGGAGUUCCUGGAGGUGGUUCGUUUAGAGGGUCAAGCCUUUUCUCCUGAGGACAUUGCUUUAUCACGGGACAUGUAUUUGUUACAGUUAUGCAGUGGGAUUGAUGAGAAUGCUGCAGGAGCUUGUGCCCAGCUUGUGUUUGCACCGAUUGAUGAAUCUUUUGGUGAUGAUGCUUCUUUACUUCCAUCUGGUUUCCGUGUCAUACCACUCGAACCAAAAUCAGAUGCGCCUGGUACAACUCGGACAUUGGAUUUAACUUCUACCCUUGAAGCUGGAAACAGUGGAACUCGUCCAGUUGGCAGUAAAGUUGAAAUUAGCAAUUAUAACCAUCGUUCUGUUCUGACAAUCGCAUUCCAGUUUACUUUUGAGAACCAUUAUCGCGACAGUGUAGCUGCUAUGGCUCGCCAGUAUGUCCGGAGCAUUGUGAGCUCUGUUCAGAGAGUUGCAAUGGCCAUUGCGCCAUCUCAUAUCAGCUCCCAUUUGACGCUAAAGACCGUACCUGGCUCACAAGAAGCUAUUACUUUGUCCCGUUGGAUCUGUAGGAGCUACAGGAUGCACACUGGGAGUGAACUUCUUCAUUUGGAGUCACAAGCUAGUGAUGCUGUGUUGAAGCAACUAUGGCAGCACUCCGAGGCCAUAAUGUGCUGCUCCGUCAAAAUGAAUGCAUCCGCUGUAUUCACAUUUGCAAACCAAGCUGGCCUGGACAUGCUAGAAACCACUCUUUUAGCCCUCCAGGACAUAAUGCUCGAUAAAAUUCUAGAUGAAGCUGGCCGGAAAGUCCUUGUUUCGGAGUUCUCAAAGAUCAUGCAGCAGGGGUUCACAUAUCUACCUUCUGGCAUCUGUGUAUCUAGCAUGGGAAGGCCUGUGUCGUACGAACAAGCUGUCGUGUGGAAGGUUCAGAAUGAUGAGGAUGCCAAUCACUGCCUAGCCUUCAUGUUCAUGAAUUGGUCUUUUGUUUAGUCAACCAAAAAGACUUUCAUCUAGUAUGUAAUGCUUAGUAUGGGUAGGUACUAGAGAACAUUGCAGUUAGUUACUUAAAAGUGGAAGUUCUUGUGGUUAAAGUGUUAAACCUUUGUAUGACAUGAAGAAGCUGUAUGGCAAGCUGUCAUGUGUAAAAACAUAUUUGCAUGGGACAAUGACAUUAUGGUUAUGACAAGCAAUGUGUUUUCCUUAGUGGCCAAUGAUUCUAGCUGUCUAAGUUCUUUAUCAG